CACGGACUUUGCAGCGCCUGCAGUUCGUAGGUGCUGUACUACGAAGCCACCUACCUAGUAUGCUUAUCGAUCUACCUCUUUGAGUAUGGUACAGAGUUGUCUACUUUGGCUAGUGCAGCAGCAGCAGCAACAUUCGUGUCUGCCGUGCUUCCUACCCUCGCCGACCCCUCCGAUAACCCCACCGGAGAUGGAGUCAUCGCUGUCAUAGGUUACCGCAGAGGGCAAUGAUCCCUUGGGAUGCUUCUCCAGCUUUGACCCAGCGCCUUCUGGACGGUGGAGCUGCUCCCCCUCCAAGUGACGUAGGGUCUGGGCCAUGGUCCUCCGGCCUCUUAUUCAUAUUGAGGUUCCCGGUCUUCCUAACCGUGCUACUCAUAUCUUCAUUUGUGUUUCCUCAUAUCAACCAUCGCAUUACACUUCAUCUUUUCCCCCGCCUCCGCACUUCAAGACUUCCGCUUCGAUCUAAUCUAUCUCCUUCAACGCUACCCACAUCGGAUCUCACACUGCGCGCGAUCAUGACGGAUUUCAAAUUCGCAAACUCUUCCGAAAAGGUUCCUGGUGACGGGAACCUCCCCGCCGAGUUCUCCAUUAAAGCGAGCCCUUCAACCGACAUUUGGGCCAAACCUCCUUCCACAGAGUCUUUCAACGCACCCAUACUGUACAGAAGCGUGCCAGUGCAAUCCUUCAAAAGGGCCAGGGUCGCAUUCAAUGCCCUCUGGAAACACAAGUACGACCAAGGAGGCGUGAUCCUGGUCCUCAAUGGUGCCGAUGGAACUCGGAAAUGGGUCAAGUCCGGCAUUGAGCUUGCCAACGGCAGGCCACACCUGAGCACUGUCGCCAAGGACCGUUGGGCGGACUGGAGUCUGCAGCCUGUGCCGUCAGGUGGUGGAGCGGCCACCCUGGAGAUUGUCCGAGAGUCGGAUAACAGCUUAUGGAUCUAUCUGGUUGAGGGCGUUCAGAAGUCUCCCCUUCGAGAGGUGACCUGGUUCUUCGAAGACACAAAAGUGCAAGACCUUUGGAUCGGACUUUAUGCAGCGAAACCUUCGGACGAAAAGGAGGAUCUGGUAGUCAACUUCGGCCACUUGAUUAUCGAUUCGGCUGAGUGAGGGGUUUCAUUAGAUCUGUGGCUGAAUGUAAUUUUGAGUUGUCCAUAGACAUCUUGUUCAAUGUAUCUUCAGAAGCACAAAUCUUUAACAUUCUUCAUAUUGUCAGGAAGG